UAGUCUUCUGCCAAACUAUGAAAUGAAACUUCUUCUAUUUCAUGUAUUGGCUACGCUGUUAUUUGAUCAUUCGUUAACUCAUGUGCCAACAUGGAGGAAGUAGACAGUAUAAUAAUCCAUUCUUUACGUCAGGUUGGAUGUGAUAUUGAAGAAGAUGUUGAGAGCUUAAAGAAUUUUUCCACCGAACUUGUAAUUGAAGCUGCUGUUAGAUGCUUGGAUGUCAUUCAACCAGGAUUGGGCCUUCCCCAUUCAUUACCAGAUUCAAUGUCAACUCGAUUUCGGGUUGGAGCAAGCAUUGCCCAGGCUUGCAAGAACUUGGGUUAUUCACGCUGUCAUUAUUAUUAUUAA